AUGUCGGUGGCAUUUUCAUCGGCGCGCCCCAGAAGUAAAGGGGAGGUGACGCAGCAAACGAUCCAAAAGAUGCUGGAUGAAAAUCAUCAUUUAAUACAAUGUAUAAUGGAUUACCAAAGCAAAGGCAAGACAGCUGAAUGCACACAGUAUCAGCAGAUCCUGCACAGAAAUCUUGUUUACUUGGCCACAAUAGCGGAUUCGAAUCAGAACAUGCAGUCACUACUACCUGCGCCUCCCACUCCAAACAUGUCUAUGGGUCCUGGGGGAAUGGGCCAGAGUGGAGGACACACUCCAAGCAACCUCAAUGACAACAUGGCACCAGGACUGCCCCCCACAUCCAUGAUGCAGAGUCAAAUGAGCAAUGGCCCCAGCCAUGCCCCCAUGCAGCAGCAGUCUGGUCAGGUGCAGUCGGCUAUUCCCUCCACAUCCCUCAGCCUGCCAGCCAGCAGCUACGGUAGCUCGGCCUCAGCCUCCGGCUACAGCCACGCUGCGCCCUCCUCCCAGGCCAGCAUGAUCCAGGGCCCUGGGCCUGGCUAUGGCUCUUCCUCCUCUUCUUCCUCCACAUCCUCAUCCUCCUCUUCCUCCUCCCGCAGCAACCUCAACAUGCAGUCCAAUCAAGUCUCCAUGAUGCACCAACAGUCUGCCACUCCACACUACCCCUCAGCCCAGGCUGGGGGCCAACACUAUCAGGGACAGCAGGCUAUGGGCAUGAUGGGUCAGGGCAGUCAAGGAAACAGUAUGAUGUCUCAGAGGCCCAUGGGAUCCUACCGCUCUUCACAGCAAGGAUCUGCACAGCAGUACAUGGGACAAGACGAGUUCUACGGAGAGCAGUAUGGACACACUCAGAGCUCCAGCGAGCCCAUAAACCAGCAGUAUUACCCUGAUGGUCAUGGGGAGUACUCAUAUCAACAAUCUUCAUAUGGUGAGCAAGGCUACGAGAGGCCCUUUGAUGAAUCUUCACAGCAUUACUAUGAAGGAGGUAACCCUCAGUACAGCCAACAGCAGGCCCAAUAUCAGCAGGGGUCUGGUCAGCAGCAGCCCUUCAGCCAGCAGCAGUACUCUUCUCAACAAGGCUACAGUGGACAGCCACAAGGAUACGGACCUGGCCAGGGUGGAUCUUCCCAGUAUUCUCAGUAUCAGCAGGGUCAAAGCCAACCGUAUGGCUCUUACCGCUCCUCCCAGGGAGGCCCUGGAGCACAGACACAGAGGCCCUACGCCUAUGAACAGGGUCAGUACGGAAAUUAUCAGCAAUAAGGUACCACCUUGUUUUCCUGAUGGAAGAAAAUGAAAAAGGAACGGUUCACCAGUGAUGUGCUUGGCUCGGUUUUGGAUUAAAAGAUUUGGCUGCAUCAUAUUUAUUAUCCUCUCUUUAAUCAUUAUUCUAUAUAAGAAAAAAUAAUCUAGUCAAAUGUGAUGCUUUCCUCAUCUGUACAGGGAUGUAGUUGAAGGUGUAAAGUGCUACUGGUCUCCUUACAAAAUGUCCAGGGUGCUCGUAGAAUCAAGACAGUUAAUGUAAACCUUUCAUAUGGAUUAAAUAGGGUAUUAAAAAGGAAAUGUUAAGUCAUUAAUUAAGUCUUAGCAACUUGCCUAUAUCCUUAUCUUUCUCUUUUGUCUUUGAGUUUCACUUUGUCUUGAUCUUAUCCCCUGAUUUUAUAGUUCAUUUUCUUUUACAAGCUUCUUUGUUUUUCUUCUGAUGUAAAAAGAAGGUCAAUGGCUUUUGAGACUACAAAAAGCAAAUUAGCCUUGAAAGAAAUGUUCCUUGAUGUUUAUCGAAUAGACUAGGUCCAGCUCUUGCUUUAAGUCCUAGUAGAGACACUGUUAUAUUUCAUGAUAAGGGAAAUUAAUUUUAUGAAGGUGAAAACAUUGGUCCUGAAACCUGACUCGAUCAGGGGGUUUGUCUGUUAGUCAAACUGUGACGUGUUGCUGUGUGGUCUAACAUAAUGUGUUUUCACUCUCUACAUAUGUCUUACUGAGAUAAUAGACACAAUAGGUAGCUGACUGUCCCAGAUGUAAAAGCGUGUAUCAUUGUCCAUGAUAAUCAUACAUUGUGGUAGUAUUUUUUACCCUAUAUAUUUUCAGUGGCAUUGAUCUGCACAGACGACAUUAUUGUGCAGAAACAAGAGGGCUUACACUACUCCACUACUCUGAUGCCAUUCAGUAACAAUUAGACAUUAAAACACAUUGCCACUUUGUCUACACUUUAUUUUGCAGUGACAGUGUAUGUAUUGUCCUAUAUUUUUUAUUGUAGUGCGACUCAAGCUGUGUUUAAGAAAUGAUCCUCAAAAAGCCAAAGUAACACAGGAACAGAGCAGUAAUGUGUCCUGCACCUCUACUUCAAUAAGUGCAAUACACUCAGUCAUGUUGAGGUUGGUUCUCAUGGUGAAUUUACACUGUAUAUCAUUAUUUGUAGUUUCAGACACACAAUGAUGGCAAAGACUAGGGAUGUUUUGUCUAAUAUUAUGUUGCAGGUUUCAACUGAUGUGUCUUAUUUAGGAAAAUUAUUUUCUGUAUUUACAGGACUUAAUGGACAGAUUAUGUCAGAUUGUUCAUCACAAACAUAAAGCCUACUACUGUUUUUUUGUUUUAGCAAACAUUUUUUAUCUUUUGUAUUAGUUGAAGAAAUUAUGUUGAAAAUAAGACAACAUGUGUUAAAGGGGUAUAGAAGUUACAUUUUUAGAUAAGUGUGUAUGAAUUAUAUGUCGUAUUUUACAUAUUAAUUUAUUUAUGUAAUUUAUCAGUUUAUCUGCCUGUGAUUACAAAAUGGGCAUAUAUUAUGAUGUUUAUUUAUUUUAAAGAAGUCAGACAAUACCUCUGGUCAUUACACUGUUUCUUACAUAAGUAAUAAGGAUUAUCAAUGUGAUGGUGAGGGUCUACCUUUGCAGUACAGUAUAUCCUGUAGUAACUCAACUUACCUCAGAGGGGUAAAAUAACACAAUAGUUACAGUCAUUGUGCAGGUUUAAUCAAGAAUGGGAGAUACUUGGCUGUCAAACAGCUAAAAUAACUAUGUACCACUCAACGGUGACAAUCACAGGCUUCUCUAUACUACAAUGAAUCUGUGUCAGUGUUUCAUUUUACUGUACAGAACAAGUAUGGCAAGUCUUUUACAGUUUGUUGUAGUCUGUCAUCACUGAUUUGGGUGGUAUGCCUUGUUUGUGUGUAUCUGUGUGUGUUUUGUGUGUGUGUGUGAGAGAGAGAGAGAGAGAGUGAGUGAGUGAGGGAGAGAGAGAGAGGUUUGAUGUGCAUAAUCCAAAUAUGAAUGUUAUCUUCUUGUCUAUUGCAAGACUGCAUUGCCUGAUAUUUUCUGCUGUCUUUUGUUACUGUUUGUUAUAUAAAAUAAACUGGCAUUCAUCUUU